AUGGGUUGGUCUUAUUUGGAUUAUGGUGUAAUUUUAUUAAUCUCCAUUUAUUUAAGGAAAGCUCCAUUUACUAAAGUGGAGGAGAGUUUUAGCAUUCAAGCUGUUCAUGAUAUCUUAAACUAUGGUAUUCUUGAUAUCUCACGUUAUGAUCAUUUACAGUUCCCUGGUGUGGUUCCUAGAUCAUUUAUUGGCCCAUUGAUUAUUGCAGCACUGACCAAACCAUUUACUUAUGCUUCAUCUAUCUUCUCGGCCAAUUCCCCUACUCAAUUUGAAUGGCAGUUGUUAACUAGAGCUAUUAUUGGAUUGACCAAUUGGCUUGGAUUGAUGUACUUGAAGAACUGUGGUGAGCAUGCUCUUGAAACACAGAGAUUGGAAGAGCAAGAAGAAGAUAAAAAGAAUAAAGAAGAAGGUAGACCUGUGGCCAUUAGACGUCCUGAUGUCAAUUUAAUCAGUAUGGGAUCAUGGUUUACUGUUAACGUUCUGUCUCAAUUCCAUUUGAUCUUCUACAGUUCAAGACCAUUGCCCAAUUUCGUUUUGACUUUACCCUUGACCAAUGUAGCCCUUGGUUGGGUUCUAUUGGGUAACUAUAAGCAAUCUGUUUUCCUGUUAGCCUUCACUGCCAUCAUUUUUAGACUGGAAGUCGCAGCUCUAUGUGCAGGUGUAGCACUUCUGUCAAUUUUCUACAAGAAAUUAAAUUGGUUCAAUGCAAUUAAGUUUGGUCUAAUGGGAGGUAUUAUCGGUAUGGGUUUGACUUUGACCGUCGAUUCUUACUUCUGGAGAGAUUGGUGUAUUCCUGAAGUUGAUGCAUUUAUCUUCAAUGUGAUCAGAGGUAAAUCCGCUGAGUGGGGAAUUGAAUCUCCUGCAGGUUACUUCACGCAUUACUUAAGAACAAUGUUUGUUCCACCAACAAUUUUACUAAUGGGUGUCAUUGGAUUUAGGAAUGCACCUAAAAAUAUACGUAUAGUAUCCUUGGCAGCAUUUUUCCAUAUUUUCGUUUUAUCAUUUCAGCCUCAUAAGGAGUGGAGAUUCAUCAUUUAUUCCAUCCCACCAAUCAUUUUACUCGGCAGUACUGCAGCCGCUUACAUUUGGGAAAAUUUAACAGUUAAAAAGGCUUUCCAUGCCCUAAUUAUUGCUGUCGUUGGUAUUUCACCGCUCAUCUCUCUAGCCACUUCUUUUGCUUUCCUGCAUGUUUCCAGUAUGAAUUAUCCUGGUGGCCAGGCUCUCACUGAUUUUAAUGAAAUGAUUAUCGCUAAUAAUAUCACUAACGUCACGGUUCACAUGAACGUGCCCGUUUGUAUGACCGGUGUAACUAGAUUUGGUGAGUUGGAUUUUGACAAAUAUGGUAUCAUUUACGAUAAGACUGAAGAUUUGAACGAAUUGAAAGAAAAGUGGAAUACCUUUGAUUAUUUGAUUGAUCAAGAAGGUACUGCUGCCUCUAUCCCAUUCGAAAAACACCCUGAGAAGAACUGGGAACAAGUAUCUUCAGCUCAAAUCUUCAUUGGACUCGAUCCUAGUGUCUUCAAUGGAGUCCUUAAAGAGAACGAAACGCCGUUCGAUUUCAUCUACAGACUCAUCAAGGCAAAUGUAAAUCUUUUCAGUUUCUUCUCUGAUCUAAUCGACAGUGCCUUUUUGAGAGACGACAUCUUUUACACUUACAGAAGAAUUUCUCAUGAUGAAGACCACGCCGAAAGUCAAUAG